AUGCCUGUAUUAGGCGACAAGCUACAGUUUGUACAUUUCUGGAGGUUCGAAGUGAUGUCAACGUUCUCCAUGAGAGAUUCCGACAAUUUCGCUACAAUUUACGGUCCACGAAUAUUUGAAUGGUGUAUUCGGAUAGAUCGCGGUGAUAGCUUCGGUUUUCGAGGACUUGAAAAUCGUGGGAUUGAGCUUUCUGUCGAACCGACAAUACGAUCUUUCAAUGCAAAGCUGCCACAAGAAGCCACAUGUACUUUCAAACUUAGGGUUGUAGAACCAUCAACUGAUAGAGUGUUACUCAAAGGAGGUCCCCAUACAUGUCCAAUAGUAGAUGACCCACACGGCAAUCGUGGUUUCUUUCUGCCACUAGCAUCCGACACUGGUAUAGUAGUGCAAAGAAUGCUAAGAGGGAACGAAUAUUUUGGUAAUCGCUGCGAACUCACAUCUGUUUUGAGCAUACCCAUAGUCUCUUUCGAUGUGGAUAGAAUUGAAGGUGUAGCACCUCGACCACCAACGGAGCCGGAUUUUCGAUUCAGAAUGCUAACUGACAAGUCCCGCCAAGACUUCACAAUUCGUUGCCGAGACGGCGACAUUCUCGUAGCAAAAGAAGGAAUUUUCUUGGCUUCCGAAUACUUCCGUGAUUAUCUCGAAAACGCUGAUCACAGCGAUGCCAAUUUUGGUGAUGUGAACAAACAAGCUGUCGAAAUUGCUUUGCAUUUCACCUUAACCGGGACCAUGAUGCCAGUGGAAAAUAUUUCAUCAACUUUGGUUGUCGACAUCAUUGAAACUGCUAGAAGACUGCGAUCGCUAAACUUUCCAAAAUUGAGAAAUGCUAUAGAAGAAGAUGCAAUCAAAGCAGCAGAAAAGGACUCUGAAAACCUUGAGGAGCUACUCUCUUGGUUCAUCUGUUCUCACGAAUGCGGCAUGCCAACCUUACAUAUGGUUUGUUUGGCUUAUAUCGUUGGCAUGCAUUCUAACCAGUAUCUGCGGGAUUUUACGGAAGGCUCUAUGAUAAUUUCCGUGGCUAAAGCAUACCCGGAAUUGGCCGAGAAGCUCAACAGAAGGCAGGGCAUUUUGAGGCCCACACCGCAUCAACGCAUCAUGACUAGCAUACGUUGCGCGAGCAAAACUCGAACCGUAUCGCAGCUUGAAGUCACUUGAGGCGCUACUACGAC